CGCCUGCCAGUGGGUCAUCAUUGCGCCGCCUGACGCGGCGCAACCUGGAGAGGCCACGUCACUUCUUUCAGCCCUCCUCUUCCUAUAUAAGGGCCUCCACCCCUCCUCUCUGCUCACUUUCCACGAUCAAGUCUCAGAGCUUUCACCGGUCAAGUUCCUUUUCUUUCGCUAUCCAGCCCUCCGAGCCAAGUAAGUUUCCCCUUCCUUCUCUACUUUCCCGGUCAUGUCUUCUCAUAGUGAUAGGGUCUCUUCUUCAGAGGACUGCUCCUCUGAGGACUCCAACUCCUCUUCCUCGACCGGGUCUUCUUCUCUUGACUCUACGCCCGGUCAGGUUCCCAACUCCAUUCCCGACCCGCAUCCUGUAAAUCAGGUGCCCGGUGAAACUUUCAUGGGGAGAGAUGACCCGGUCGAUGACGAACCGGGCCCCUAUGACCCUGAACACGAAACCCGGGAUGCAUGGGAGGAGCGGCUUCAUGCUGCCGUCCUACCGGGCGGAUCCGGCUGCGAAGGUUUUGUAUUCUUCAAAGCCCGCACCGGUAGGAAGUUCAUUUCCGAAGUCCCCCAGAGUAACCGGGGAUGGAAGGAAAAGUUUGUCUUCAUCGAGUUUCCUCCCUUUUUCACUCCUCUGGCCGGUCUGAAAUGGAAUGACCAUUUACUCGACCAAGAGUAUGCUGCACCGGCCUCCUCCCCAGACUUGGAAGCUAACCUCGAGAUCCUCAUGCGCGGGGAUCCUCAAACCGGGAGGAUCUUCCAUCAAGGCAGCUGGGUUUGGAGGGUAGAGUCGGGUGGUGAGGGUACCUCCCAGGCCCAGGAAGCAGCGGGGCACGGGGUACCCUCCCCGGGCAACACUACAGAGGCUGAGGGCCAGAACCACCCAGAUAUGGAGUUUGAGGAGUUCGCCAUCCCUGACGACCAACCAGCCGGGGAGACCGGGGGCUCCCAAGCCAAUCCUGCCAGGACUUUCCCGGUCAAUCUAGAGACCGUGGAAAUCCUGGAUGAAGACGAGCUCCAAGACAACCGGUCUAAGGGGAAGGAGAAGGAAAAGGCCGGUCGCCGGGUGAAGAAGGUGGCCACCACGCACCCUUCCUAUGCCAAGAAGAGGGCAAGGUCAGAUCCUGAGCCGGCCGGCCAGACCAUCGAGGAGGCCUUCAUCAAUCUCGGGCUGAGGCUGAAUGAGGCGGGGGAGAUUGGGCCGCAUACAGUGGACCGGUUGGGGAUGAGUUCCCCUUCCGAAGUCGACCGGCUGAAGAGGGAGAAAGAAGAGAUGGCACUCAUCCUGAGGAGCCAGGCUGAUGAGCUCAUCCGACUGUCUGGGCUGGCCGGGGCAAUGAAGACCGAGAUCUCCCAAUUGAAGGAGGAGAAUGGCCGGCUCCUGGAUGAAGUCUCUGAAGCCAAGAGGGAAAAAGAAGAGAUGGCACUCAUCCUGAGGAGCCAGGCUGAUGAGCUCAUCCGACUGUCUGGGCUGGCCGGGGCAAUGAAGACCGAGAUCUCCCAAUUGAAGGAGGAGAAUGGCCGGCUCCUGGAUGAAGUCUCUGAAGCCAAGAGGGAAGUAGCGGAGAAGGAAGAAACCUUCCCCGGGCGCGCAGCUGCCUGGGUGGAAAAGAAUAAGGCUGAAGCUGCACGGGUGAUGACGGCGACUCCAGAGACGACGAUGGAGUCCUUCAGGCUUCUGUACCGGGAGCCUGAAGGAAAGAAGAUGAUUACCGCGAUUGGAUCCUUCGGAUUCAAGAGCGGUCAAAAGAAGGACAGGAUCGCCUCUCACCGGGUACUGCUCAGAAGAGAUCCAAACUUCAGCGCUGCAUCCUAUGGCCUGGCCCCAAUCCCAGAGGAAGAGCCCACUCCCCCUUUUCCCUUAGACUAGGAUCUCCCCGGUUGUGCCCGGUUGUUUUUGUAAAAACCUCAACUUGAAAUUUCCCCGGGGAUGCCCGGUGUAGCUGUAAAACAUUUAACAUUCUUAUUUCGUUUGAAUGCCAUGUUUUCUUUUCAUACCGGUUAAUCUUCCACGUCUGAUUGCUUGUUUGAUUUAUUUUUUGAUCUUGCUCCUUAGAAUACCAUCAUAGAAAUUCUGACCGGUACAUAAAUUAGGCUACUUCUC